AUGAUUCAUGAAAGAAAUAUUUGUAUAUUCAAGAAUCCAACUGAAAACGAUGUCGAGUCAGAGGAUGGCACAAUCGACCAAAAUAUAUUCCAGCCCGAAAUGCAACAUUUCAGCAGUACUCGAACCAGUCGUAAUGGUACCACUGCAGAGACUGCUGCUAUGAAGCUGACAUCCAUUAGUAGUAGCAGUAGUAACACAACUUCUCCUAUUUUCAUUAAUCAACAACAGCAACAACAACAACAACAACAACAAAGCAAUAAUAAGAAAAACAAAAACAAUAUUAAUAAUAUUGAAGAGCAUAUACAACAACAACCAAAGAAAUUAAUUAAAAUAUCCAAUUUCACUUAUAAUACAACAUCCAAUUCCAUUGUUCAGUCACCACCACCACCAACCAAUGCGUUAUCAUCAUCAAACUCGUCGUCUUCUCUGAUAUCUCUACUGAAUUCAGAUGAAUACAAUAACCAAGCACCCAGCCGUUUUAAACUUUCACAAUCAACACCAUCACUUAAAUCGGAUAACUUUUCCAAGGGCACCUCCAGAGUGGCACCUAAUUCAGGACCAUCGAAUUGGAAGAAUACCGCACCACUGAGUAAGAGUAAUGAUGGUUUACUACCGGGUUUAAUUCAUCGACCAAACUCUCCAAACUCGAGUUCAACCUCAAGUUCACCUUCCAUUUCACCAUAUAGUCAAACAAUAUCCACUCAACAACAACAACAACAACAACAAAUGCAACAAAUGCAACAACAGCUACAACAACAAGUGCAACAACAAAUUCAACAACAACAACAACAACAAUUUAUGUCAUCACCUCCAUCAAACGAAUCACUUGCAAGUCUAUCACCGGAUGGAGAUGAUUUGGAGUCGCCAGAGAGUCCACCACUGAAUACAUCGACCACGACAACCAGUAGCAACUCAUCGUACAAAGCACCGAAUGCAAAGAAAAGACGUGUUCCACGAGAAUCGAUUGUAAAGAAGGAGCCAAUCAAUGGUCCACCACCCAAAAAAGUAUCGAUAACGACAUUCAAAGCAAAGAAGAUGAUUCCAGUCUCAGCGAUAAAGAUUGGAUCGCAUGUCAAAGACCCACUUUCAAUUGUAAAUAUAACUCCUUUUCCAGCAUAUUUCAUUCAGAACGGUAACAUACCUUCGAUAGAGUUGCAAAUCUCUGGACACUUCACAAAUGAGCUUGGAGAGCCUGGCACCGCUCAAAAUCUUACAGUGUUGGCUUUACCAAAACGAUCCGAGUUUUUUGAUCUCAACCACAACAUUGCCAACGUUGGUAACACCGGACUGUUCGAAUACGACGAUCAUCGAUUCGAUACGAACUUGGUUCGUGUUCAAAUCAGUGCCGACCGUCUCAAGUGGGGAUCCACCAAUCUACUGACACUGUACGUCGUCAACAAGAUCACCCGAUUGAUCAAACGAAUCGUUUUCCAGAAUGAAAUGGAACAAGGUGGCAACCUGAAGCACAACGCUCACUUUGACCUCGAGAAGCAGCUCCUUGAUGGCGAGCAUCUCCUUUACACCGCCUACACCAAACGUACUGAGGUCGCCCAGAUUGCCUCCAGACUGUUUCAAGAGUGGGUCAACCAAGAUCCUGAACUCUUCCAAAGGUUAUUUUCAACGAAAUUAACCUCUUCCACUCAACCACAAAAACAACCAAAACAAAAACAAUCAUCUGAAACCAAUAACAACAAUAAUAUCGCAUCAUCAACAGCGACAACAGCCACAACAAAUAUAAUAUCAAGUGAUAUAUCGAAUAACAAUGGCUAUGAUAUUUUCAAGUUGGGAAAUGAUCACGAUAAACUAUUUAACAUUCACAAACCUGUUUUGUUUAGAGAGGUAAUCGAUAGACUUCGUUUGAAACCAGGAUCUUGUUAUAUUGAUUGUACAUUUGGUUUGGGUGGUCAUACAACAGGAAUACUCGAUCGUCAACCCGAUUGCUAUGUCAUUGCAUUCGACAGAGAUCCACACGUCUUUGAACUUACUAAGCAUCUGAGGCAGAAAUAUAAAGAUCGUCUCAUUACAAUACAUGGAGAGUUCAGUCGAAUGAGCUCAUUGCUUGCAGAGAAUGGACUUAGCGAUCUACCUAUCGAUGGUAUCUUAUUUGAUUUUGGUGUGUCUUCAUUGCAAUUGGAUGAUCCAGAGCGUGGAUUCUCUUUUCGUAAGGAUCUAUAUGGUCCGUUAGACAUGAGAAUGAACAAAGACGACAGUUCUACACUGUCGGCAUUCGAUAUUGUCAAUACUUUUUCAAUUAAACGACUUCGAGAUAUAAUGUAUUUUUAUGGAGAAGAAAGACACACCAAAAAGAUAGCAGAGGAAAUAGUGUUGAGAAGAUCGAUAGAGCCUAUUAGAACAACCAAUGAAUUGGUUGCUAUUAUAGAGAAAUGUAUACCAUAUCCAGCAGCAAACAAGUCGAUAUCGAGAAUAUUUAGAGCACUUAGAAUGUAUGUAAAUAGCGAGACACAGGAAGUCAAGAAAGGUUUAUUAGAGGCAGAAAAGGUAUUACAACCGAAUGGUGAGUUGGUAGCGAUCUCAUUUCAUUCUAUUGAAGAUAGAAUCGUAAAGAAAUUCUUUCAGAGCAGGAAGAAUCAAUCAUUUGUAUUUCCUGAUGGCGACGAUCCUGUGUAUGCUGCACCCGACGAACUAGAAUGGAACCCAAGAUCAAAACCAGCCAUUCUCAGAAGUGCUCAACGUACAAAAUCAAAACCAUUAGCGAACAUUCAGGACCAGGACCAACAAGAUGAUCUAGAUUUUAAUUAA